AUGACGCCGACAGUACUCAUCGUUCCUGGAUCAUUUACACCGGCUGUGUUUUACAGCAAUCUUGCAAACCACAUUCGGGAUCAAAGCAUCGGAUGUGAAGUCUACGACCUCCCAUCGACCAAUCGCAAGCCUCCACAGCAAGCUGCAACUUUUGAAGAGGACGUCGCCCUGAUUCAUGGCAAGGCUUCCGAAAUUAUCCGAAGAGGCCACGACGUACUCCUGCUUGCCCAUUCCUACGGAGGCAGCGUUGCAACACAGGCGGUCAAGGGGUUAUUGAAGACUGACUCUCAGACAAACGGGUUGGCAAACGGUGUCCUGCGAAUUGUGUACAUGAGCUGUCCAAUCCCCGUGGCCGGCCAUGGAAUUUUUGAGAACAUGGGAACUCUCCCCGAGUUCAUGAAAAUCGAGGGCAACUUCCUCUACCAAGAACCUGAAGUCAGUGGUCCUUUGAUGUGGCCCGAUCUGCCAGAAUCCGAAGCACUGGUAUUUGCAAAACAGUUGACCUGGCAGUCCCGGUUGAGCUUUGAUGGGAAACUCACAUAUUCUGGAUACAAAUACCUUCCUGUGUCCUAUAUCCUUUGUGGAAAUGACCCUGUUCUUUCUCCUGCCUUUCAGCAGCAGAUGAUUGCUUUGCUUGAAAGGGAAAGCCAACAGACGGUUGACGUGCAUACUUGCAAGGGAACGCAUUGUCCUAACCAAGGGAUUCCUGGGACAAUUGCCCAAAUCAUUCGAAGCAUAUCCGAUGUGCAUAUCUGA